UCUUCCUCAGAAGAGAGGAGGGCGUAUGCCGCCGGCACGGGCUGAGUCAAAUAGGCUGACAUUCGAGAACAACUCAACGGUGUGCUGGGGGUAGUAAGAGAGAUGCGAGGGCAAGGCUGGAGCUGAGCCUGCGAGACAAAGCUAAGAAAUCCGUCAAACUGAUCUCAUUUAGUCGGCAAAGAAAGCCUAACGUUCUCCAGUAAGCGUUUACAGGACGAGAGACCAUGUCGGUGCUGGCUUUGCAAGAAUACGAAUUCGAGAGGCAAUUCAAUGAAGAUGAAGCCAUUCGAUGGAUGCAGGAGAACUGGAAGAAGUCUUUCCUCUUCUCUGCACUCUACGCUGCCUGCAUACUUGGUGGGCGGCAUGUAAUGAAACAAAGGGAGAAGUUUGAAUUGAGGAAACCUUUAGUUCUAUGGUCUUUAACACUUGCAGCCUUCAGCAGAUUAAUGGUGUGCAUUAUAGCCAGAAAAAAAAGCCACUUCCUUGUUCCAAGUUACUUCAUAAAGACCUGCAUAUAUGGUACACAAGAGGCCUGCAUAUAUAUUUUCAUAUUGAGCUUGCACCUUAACAUGUCAUCUAACUUAACGAUAUAACAUAUCUCACUCUUC